AUGUACACUGCCCUAAAUGUUGUGGGACCAUCUUCUCGAUACUUGAUGGCAGAUGUGACUGAAAUGUCCAUGAGUACCACCGAUUUUCCCACAUUCCGAUGUCAGGAGAUCAACAUCGGCAUGGCAACAGGCAUACGAGCAAUCAGUGUUACCCAUUGUGGAGAACUUGGAUGGGUUGUAUAUAUCCCGAAUGAGGUGGCACAAAAUGUUUAUGAGCGGAUUGUUGAAGCGGGACGAGAGUACAGUCUGCAUCAUGCCGGUUACUAUACUCUGCGACAACUUCGGAUUGAGAAGUUUUACGUGUACUGGGGUCAAGAUAUUGAUGCCACGGUCACCCCAGUGGAGUGCGGAAGGUCGUUCCGAGUCGACUUCAAGGUGCGUCCAUUCAGUUACUCUGCACGUUCAAAACAUAUGAAGGCCGCAUACAUUUUUCAUCGCACGGCUAAUGUCAAUCAGUUUUUUUUUCUCGUAUUGCGAAGCGUGGAGAAUAGAUUGUGCCCAAGUGGCAUCUCAGUGUUUUAGAA